AUGGUUAAUCAGAGGAGUGGAUCUCAAGACAAUAGUAAUGCCCUGGAUAGCCCCUUUAGUGAUCUGGCUGCUGAUUUUGACAAUUCAUCAAUAGUACAAUCACCAACUGAAGAACAGUUUAAUAGACACAAUUUUCGUAACCACCAAGGCCACAGCAUUGAUGAUGCUUUAUCGGAUACUUCAGCACCAGCUACACCUCAAUUAAACACUGAUCGAUUUGAAGGUGGGAGGUCAUCUUCAUUACGUUUCCAACUACCUGAAGAGUCCACCACUGCAUCAUCCUCAUCAGCUUUUCCUACACCGCCAGCAUCGUCUUCAUCAUCUUCAUCAGCCACGGCACAUUACCUUCAUAGUAAUCCAAAUAAAUCACCCUUUCUUGAUCAAAACGAUACAAUACUUGAAGAUGAAGUAUACGAAAAACCAAAAACAAUUGACGGUUCAGAAAAGACUGAUGAGUUGAGUGAUGAUAGUUCGGAUGGUGUUACAAAAAGACAUAGAUGGGGUACUAAAAGAAACAAACAAGGUAGACCAAAGAAGGAGAAUGUUAGUCGAUCCAAGACUCUUAAAAAAAUAUUACAUCCUCAUGGAGAUAGGGACAAUACAGAUAUUGGUGACAGAGACCACAUGCAACAUCGUCAUCGACUGUUGAAGAAUCGAAUAAAAUCAAUUCGUAAACCAAAUACGCAUUCCAUUAGCUUCCCUGAAAGCCAUCGAAACGAUUCAGAUUCUGACGACAACAACAAUGUUAUAGACCCCGAGGCUAGUGAUCAGAGAAAUAGGAAAAAUGAAAAACGAACAAUUGUGUUUAAUAGACCAUUACCUGAAUCCAUGAUUGAUCCAGAAACAGGACAUCCAAUUAUUGAGUACCCCAGAAACAAAAUCAGAACUACAAAGUAUACACCACUAUCAUUCUUGCCAAAAAACAUAUUCAAUCAAUUUUUCCACAACAUUGCCAACAUUUACUUUUUGGCAUUGAUUAUAUUGGGAGCUUUCCAAAUCUUUGGUGUCCCUUCCCCUGUUUUGGCAGCGGUGCCCUUGAUUGUUAUUGUUAUUAUAACUGCCAUCAAGGAUGCUAUAGAAGAUUCACGAAGGACGAUUACUGAUUUGGAAGUAAAUAAUCAAUACACUCAUAUCCUCACCCAAGUUGAUGAUGAAACCGAUUACCAUUAUGAAAAUGUCAAUGUUAAUGAUGAAAAAGUUAGUUUAUGGAGACGAUUCAAGAAAUGGAAUACAAAACAAAUGGUUAAACUAUGGGGUGCAUCUCGGCGUAAUUUAACAAAAGAGGGUAGAGCCAACAAGGAACGUGAACGGUUCAAUCGUGAAAACAAUAUUGUUGAGGAAAAUGUUCGACAUUCAUUUGAUAGUGACGUUGGAUCGCCAAGAACUUCAAUGGAUGCAAGUAACCCAUUUGGUGAUCAGUUGCGUAAAUCAUUUCAACAACAACGUCAUGAUGCUAAUCAUGAACACCACCACAAGGUAUUAAAGUUUGCCAGAAGGUAUUGGAAAGAUGUCAAGGUUGGAGAUGUGUUGCGUAUCUAUAAUAAUGAAGAAGUGCCAGCUGAUGUGGUUAUCCUUUCGACAAGUGAUGAUGACAAUUGUUGUUUUGUUGAAACAAAGAAUCUUGAUGGUGAAACAAACUUGAAAGUGAAACAAGCCCUCAAGUACUCUUCAGUUAAUGAUAAAGUUGCUAAAGCUGAUGAUUUAAUGGAUCAUUCAUUUGAAGUAAACUCAGAAGGUCCACAUGCAAACUUGUACUCUUAUGAAGGUAACUUGCAGUACACUGCUCGUGAUGGACAAGAAUUACAAGAAGCAAUCACCAUAAAUAAUCUACUUCUUCGUGGUUGUACUUUGAGAAAUACUAAAUGGGCCAUUGGUAUUGUUGUAUUUACUGGAUCCGAUACCAAAAUCAUGUUGAAUGCUGGUAUCACUCCAACGAAGCAAUCGCGUAUGUCGCGGGAAUUAAACUACUAUGUGUUGCUCAAUUUCAUAUUCUUGUUUGUCAUUUGUUUUAUUUCCGGGUUGGUCAAUGGUAUAUAUUAUCGAAAACAUGGUACAUCACGAGAUUUCUUUGAGUUUGGAACCAUUGCUGGAUCACCAGCGGUAAAUGGAUUAGUAUCGUUUUUCGUGGCAUUAAUCUUGUAUCAGUCAUUGGUGCCGAUUUCAUUAUACAUUACUAUUGAAAUUAUCAAAACUGCUCAAGCAUGGUUUAUAUAUUCCGACGUCGGGAUGUACUAUCCUCGAUUGGAUUUCCCCUGUACUCCUAAAUCAUGGUCCAUUAGUGAUGAUUUGGGCCAGAUUGAAUACAUAUUCAGUGACAAGACCGGUACAUUGACGCAAAAUGUCAUGGAGUUUAAGAAAUGCACCAUCAAUGGUGUUUCUUAUGGAUUGGCGUAUACUGAAGCCCUAGCUGGUUUACGUAAACGAAUGGGUGUCGAUGUCGAAUCGGAAGCCGCUCACGAACGAGCCGUUAUUGAAAAGGAUAAAGUUGAAAUGAUUGACAAGUUGCAUGAGAUUCUGAAAAAUGGAACUUAUGAUGAUGAAAUUACAUUCAUUUCGCUGAAGUUUAUUGACGAUCUAACUGGUGCCCUGGGUGAUCUUCAACAACAAUGUGAUCAUCAUUUCAUGUUGGCUUUGGCCUUGUGUCAUUCAGUAUUGACUGAACAAAGUGAAAAGAAUCCUCACAAAUUGGUUUUGAAGGCGCAAUCACCUGAUGAAGCAGCAUUGGUGGGUACUGCACGUACAUUGGGCUUCAAUUUCAAAGGCACUACUAAACGUGGGUUUCUUGUUGAUGAACAUGGCGUAACUAAAGAGUAUCAAGUGUUGAAUACUUUGGAAUUCAAUUCAACUAGAAAAAGAAUGAGCUGUAUAAUCAAGAUUCCCGGGAACGGGCCCGAUGAUGAACCGAAAGCAUUGUUGAUUUGUAAAGGUGCCGAUUCUAUAAUCUAUGAUCGAUUAUCCAAAACUGACAAUGACCCAAACAUGCUUGAACUGACCGCUAAGCACUUGGAAGAAUAUGCCACUGAAGGGUUACGUACUUUAUGUAUUGCUGAACGAGAAUUGACUUGGUCACAAUAUACUGAAUGGAAUAAACGUCAUCAAGUGGCAGCAUCAGCGUUGGAGGAUCGUGAAGAUAAGAUGGAGGCAGUUGCCGAUUCAAUUGAACGGGAAUUGAUUUUGCUUGGUGGUACUGCUAUUGAAGAUCGAUUACAAGAUGGUGUCCCUGAUGCCAUUUCACUUCUUGGUGAAGCAGGAAUCAAAUUGUGGGUAUUGACUGGUGAUAAAGUUGAAACUGCAAUAAACAUUGGGUUUUCAUGUAAUUUAUUGGGCAAUGAAAUGAAUUUACUUGUUAUCAAGACAGCUUAUUCUAGCGAAGAGUUGGAAAAAAUGGAAUUGAGUUUAGGACAUGGUAAUGCCGAAGCACAAGUUAUCGAUACUGUCUUGUCUCAUUACUUGCGCAUACAUUUUGGGUCCUCAGGUUCAAUUGAUGAGCAAGAAGCGGCAAUUGGCGAUCAUACACCACCUGAUGAACGAUUUGGGGUUAUUAUCGAUGGUGAUGCAUUAAAAUUGGCGUUGCUUAACCCUGACACCAAACGAAAGUUUCUCCUUCUUUGCAAGAAAUGUCGUGCUGUCUUGUGUUGCAGAGUAUCACCAGCUCAAAAAGCCGCUGUGGUGAAGUUGGUCAAGGAUACAUUGGAUGUAAUGACUUUGGCUAUUGGGGAUGGAUCAAACGAUGUAGCCAUGAUCCAAGCUGCCGAUGUUGGUGUUGGUAUUGCUGGUGAAGAAGGUCGUCAAGCAGUUAUGUCAUCGGAUUAUGCCAUUGGGCAGUUUAGAUUCCUUGCUCGAUUACUAUUGACCCAUGGACGUUGGUCAUACAAGAGAUUCAGUGAAAUGAUUCCUAGCUUUUUUUACAAAAACAUUAUUUUCAAUGUGGCAUUAUUCUGGUAUGGAAUUUAUUGUGACUUUGAUGGAACUUAUCUUUUUGAAUUCACCUAUCUUAUGUUUUACAAUUUGGCAUUUACGUCAUUACCAGUAAUCUUUUUGGGUAUAUUUGAUCAAGAUGUUGAUGCUAAAGUAUCAUUGCUUGUGCCGCAAUUGUACCGAUCUGGUAUCUUGCGGACAGAAAUGAGUGAUUGGAAAUUUUACAUUUAUUGUCUUGACGGGAUUUAUCAAUCGGCAAUUUCAUUCUUUUUCCCAUAUUUGUUGUAUGUGGUUGCAUUCCCCAGUUUUAAUGGAAGACCAAAUGAUCACCGGUUCUGGAUGGGUGUUUUGGUAACUUGUAUUGCAUGUAUUUCUUGCAAUUGUUACAUUUUGUUUCAUCAAUAUCGUUGGGAUUGGUUAAGUUCAUUGAUUGUUGCCAUUUCUAUCUUGAUUAUAUUCAUUUGGACAGGAUUGUGGACGGUUAAUGUAUCAUCCAGUGGUGAAUUUUACAAAGCUGCUCCACAAGUAUUUGGAAUGACGUCAUUUUGGGCAUGUAUGUUUAUUGGUAUCUUGUGUUGUUUGAUUCCGAGGUUCUUUUAUGAUUUUGUUCAAAAAUUCUUUUGGCCCAAAGAUGCUGAUAUUAUCCGUGAAUGUGUUCAACGUGGUGAUUUUGCCGCUUACCCUGAAGAUUAUGAUCCUACUGAUCCAAAUAGACAAAAGAUCAGUUCUUAUUCCAGCAACGUAUUGACUCGGUUAAGUAUGAGUUCGAAACGACACCUGCUGGGUGCUGGUGGUGGUGCUUCUUCCCCUAAAGGUCACACUACAUCAUCAUCAAAUGAUGAUUUUUCCAAUGGAAGUGGAAGUUAUAAUCGUGCCGAUGUAUUUGAUCAAAUCAAUAGCAAUGGCGCUCUGAAUUAUCAAAAUCCACCCACGCCACCACCAGGCAUUAUGAUGUCACCCAUUAGGAAAAGAGCCCAAAGUACCAUGAGAAGUAUAUUUGGUAAACGAAGCAGUUCUGAUCCAUAUUUCCAAAGUAAUGGUACACAAGAAUCGGUGCAGACUGAAGAGAUUCCAUUGGAUGACUUUGAUACGAGUCAGAGAAAUAUGGCUAGAGUCAGUUUUGAUAAUAAUCAUAAAAGAGUUGCAUCGUAUCAAUGA